UUAGUCCCGUCAGCGGGGCCACUUUAAUGCUUUUGUUGGGAUGAAUACGACUUGGGGAACAGUUUAAAAAAUCUUGUGUACGACACCAGCCGAUCAUGUACAGUCCUUGACACGAAUAUACAUCAUGUCAAGGAUUGGGGAUAUUAUUCAUUUGAAUGUCGGUGGGAAGAGGUUCAGUACUUCAAAGCAGACGCUGACAUGGGUUCCCGACUCCUUUUUCUCAAGUCUCCUAAGUGGUCGGAUAUCAACUUUGAAAGACGAAACUGGAGCGAUAUUCAUAGACCGGGACCCCUCACUUUUUGCUCCGAUUCUCAACUUCCUCCGAACCAAAGAGCUGCACCCCAGGUCUGUGAAUGUGCACUUAUUAAUGCAUGAAGCAGAGUUCUAUGGAAUCACUCCCCUUGUGCGUAAGCUGCAGCUGUGCGAUGAGCUGGAUCGUUCCUCGUGUGGGACUGUGCUCUUCAAUGGCUACCUUCCUCCUCCAGUGUAUCCUGUGAAGAGGCGUAACCGGCACAGUGUGGCAGGCCCUCAGUUCAUGGGCGGCCGAUCUGGCCCCGUGGAGCGGGCACCCGUCCGCCGGAGUAACACCAUGCCACCCAACCUGGGCAACGCUGGCAUCCUGGGCAAAGCUGCCAUGGAGGAGAGGGUGAUAGGCUCUGGUUCAGUGAUGGAUGCAGGGAUGGUGCGUAUCGUCUGUGGACAUCACAACUGGAUUGCUGUGGCGUACGCCCAGUUUGUCGUGUGCUACAGGAUGAAAGAGUCAUCCGGCUGGCAGCAGGUGUUCACUAGCCCGCGGCUGGACUGGGUGAUUGACCGCGUGGCCCUCAACGCCAAGGUGAUGGGAGGCUCGCUAGGCGACAACGACAAGAUGGUGGCCGUGGCCUCGGGCACCGAGAUCAUCCUGUGGGCCAUCUGCCCCGAUGGCAACGGCAACGAGAUAGGUGUGUUCAGCUUGAACGUGCCCGUGGAGGCGCUCUUCUUCGUGGGGAACCAGCUUAUCGCCACCAGCCACACGGGCAAAGUUGGCGUGUGGAACGCCGUUACCAAACACUGGCAGAAUCAGGAUGUGGUUCCCAUCAACAGCUACGACACGGCUGGGUCCUUCCUCAUCCUGGGCUGCAACAACGGCUCCAUCUACUACAUCGAUGUGCAGAAGUUCCCCCUGCGGAUGAAGGAUAAUGACCUGCUGGUGACUGAGCUGUACCGAGACCCGAGUGAAGACGCCAUCACCGCCCUUAGUGUUUACCUCACACCUAAAACAAGCAUCAUGAAAUGUGACAGUGGUAACUGGAUUGAGAUAGCGUACGGCACCAGCUCUGGCACGGUGCGAGUGAUCGUCCAGCACCCCGAGACGGUGGGCUCGGGCCCCCAGCUCUUCCAGACCUUCUCCGUCCACCGCAGCCCUGUCACCAAGAUCAUGCUCUCCGAGAAACACCUCAUCUCAGUGUGCGCGGACAACAACCACGUGCGCACCUGGACGGUGACACGUUUCCGCGGGAUGAUCUCCACACAGCCGGGCUCCACGCCCCUCUCCUCCUUUAAGAUCCUCUCGCUGGACGACAUCGACGGACACGCCGGCUGUGGUGCCGGCACUGAGAUCGGUCCAUACGGCGAGAGAGACGACCAGCAAGUGUUCAUCCAGAGAGUGGUCCCCGACACCGACAAGCUCUACGUCCGACUCUCCUCCAACGGGAAGAGGGUGUGUGAGGUGCGCUCGGUGGACGGCACGUCCAUCACAGCCUUCAUGGUGCACGAGUGCGAGGGCUCCAGCCGCAUCGGCUCGCGGCCUCGCCGCUACCUCUUCAGUGGCCACGGCAACGGCAGCAUCCAGAUGUGGGACCUGACCACCGCCAUGGAGAUCGCCGGGAAGGUCGACAUCAAAGCGCUGGGCGGGCCUACAGAGGAGGAGCUGCUGGAGCUGCUGGAUCAGUGUGAUCUGGCAUUGACCCGGACGCCAGACAUGAGUCCAGCUGCCUCACUCACACACUCCAGCACGCCACGCUCAUCCACCUGCAGCCUGGUGUCCCAGACGUCCAGUGAUCGUGGAGUCGUCCUCCGCGGUGCGGCGGCUGGUCUGACCGGCAGCCUGCCCCGCCAGGCGCCCCUGGUGCCCUUCUCCCGCCCCCCCCCUGGGCAGGCGCAGGCGUCCCUGAGCGGCGGCGGCGGCGUGGGUGGGGGCAGUAGCGUGGGUGGGGGCAGUAGCGUGGGUGGGGGCAGUAGCGUGGGUGGGGGCAGCCCCCUUCCUCCCCGCGGCCCCCCCGAGGCCCUGCGCCGCGGCAGCUUCGCCGAGCGCUGCCAGGAGAGAGCCAAGGGCGCCGAGGGCAUGGGCAUGGGCAUGGGGGCGGGCGCGGACGCGGCGGCGGCCGCUGGGAGACGCAGCCUGGCCGUGUCCAGCGAGCUAGAGGCGCGGCUGGGGCUCCGCUCGCCGCCCGGCUUCCCCUCUUCGUCCCCCUCUCAUCCUCCUCACCCCCACCCCUCCUCUCCGUCUCAGGCUGCCCCGGCGGCAGCAGCAGGCCUUUCGUCGUCCUCCUCGUCCUCCUCUUCCUCCAUGAGGAGGUCUCCGUCUGCCGUGUCGUCUGGAGCGGGAGCUGGCCCGGCCCUCAGCCCGACGCGCUCCCAGACGCCCGUCUCUCCCCCGCGUCGACCAUCCGCCACUGCCGCCGGCCCCAGUGCAGAGGCCACACCCACCGACAGCACCAGCCCCUCCUCCGACAGCCUAGCGUCGCCCCCAGCAACCAGCCCCAAACCACACAUGAACGAGACAAGCUUUUGAUUGGCUGGAUGCAUGCUUUGAGCGUGUGUGUGUGUAUGUGUGUGUAUGUGUGUGUGUGCGUGUGUUUGCAAACAAAAAUGUAGCUGAAGUAAAUCUUUAAGAUUACAGGAUCUUUUUUAAUGACUGCAAUCUCUAAAUGUCUUCCAUGAAGUGUUUGCAGUUGUGUCAAGGGCUUCCCAACCAUAGCUUUACCAUGGGGGUGUGGGGGGGAGUUUUAUGAGUUACUGUUUCUAUUAUAAGUGAUAUUGGUUUUGUUUAUUUUUUUCUAACGUAUAAUGUAUGAAUUGAACCACGUUGAAUCAGAUAUUUUAUACGACUAAUUCACCCUGUUUCACCCUGGCCCUCAGUGCUGCACUGUUGAGCUCCAGACGUAACGCAAGCAUUCCUCCAUCUCGACUCCGUCGGCCCGUCUCGUACAGAGUGGACUCGAUUUCCAUGAGAAGUGAUGUGUUUGCGCAAAGAGAAACUGAAAGAAAUUCAUUCCACCGCUUCAGAUGGCUGACGGCUAGGGUAUGGGGCUCGGGUCAAGUAGAAACAGAUGGACUUAAGCCGAGGGUUACGGUUGUCAGUGGCUCUCGCAGAACCGGGCCGAUUUGGCUCGGGGGGGGGGGGGGGCACCAGGGAACUCCUCCUACCCUGUAGAGUACCAGAGUCCAGAACCAUAAUUGGGCCCAGAUUAGAGUUGACCACAGAAGUGGUUCAUGCCCCUUUUGAAACCCAGUUCCAGAGUGGGUGGGACAUAUCAGUGUUGAGAGGGAACAGUCUUACACGAUUGGACCAGAAUUUAACUGUCAGUCCAGACUUCCAGGUUGACGAGUUUUGCUUUGGCCAUUUUGUGAUAUUCACUACAGGAAGCUCCGUUAGACUUGAUUGUAAGUGUGCCCCGCUUGGCUAUGCUAACAUAUGAUCAUAUUCUUCUGUUCUUCCUCUGCAGAACAGAAUCCACUUAUUGGCUGCAUAUGUCCAGAGCCAGUUUUGACGUGUUCAGAGUACAGCCAGGGUCCAGAUUGUACUGUAUGUCCAGGCUAGAUACCAUAGCUAUGGCAGAAAAGGGCCAUUUCAAGUCUGUGUGUGUGUGUGUGUGUGUGUGUGUGUGUGUGUGUGUGUGUGUGUGUGUGUGUGUGUGUGUGUGUGUG